GAGCUCCAGAAGCCCGAAGAGCUCCAGAACCUCGAAGAGCUCCAGAAGCCCGAAGAGCUCCAGAACCUCGAAGAGCUCCAGAAGCCCGAAGAGCUCCAGAAGCCCGAAGAGCUCCAGAACCUCGAAGAGCUCCAGAAGCCCAAAGAGCUCCAGAACCUCGAAGAGCUCCAGAAGCCCAAAGAGCUCCAGAAGCCUGAAGAGCUCCAGAAGCCCAAAGAGCUCCAGAACCCUGAAGAGCUCCAGAACCCUGAAGAGCUCCAGAAGCCUGAAGAGCUCCAGAAGCCCAAAGAGCUCCAGAACCCUGAAGAGCUCUAG